AUGGCAGCUGUCUCGGAAAAGGCAUUUCCAAGCUCACCUGCCGGAACGGGCUCCUCCCGGCGCUUCUCCCUGCAGGCCGAAGAGCAGCCGGGGCCGGCAGCCCGCGAGGAGGAGGAGGAGGAGGUGGUCCGGGUGCUGACGCUGCCCCUGCAGGCUCACCACGCCAUGGAGAAGAUGGAGGAGUUCGUGUACAAGGUGUGGGAAGGGCGCUGGCGCGUGAUCCCCUACGACGUGCUGCCCGACUGGCUGAAGGACAACGAUUACCUCCUGCACGGACACAGGCCUCCCAUGCCCUCCUUCCGAGCCUGCUUCAAGAGCAUCUUCCGAAUACACACAGAGACGGGCAACAUCUGGACACACUUGCUAGGUUUCGUGCUGUUCCUCUGCCUGGGGAUCCUGACCAUGCUGCGGCCCAACAUGUACUUCAUGGCUCCCCUCCAGGAGAAGGUGGUGUUUGGGAUGUUCUUCCUCGGAGCUGUGCUGUGCCUCAGCUUCUCCUGGCUGUUCCACACUGUCUACUGUCACUCGGAGAAGGUCUCCCGGACGUUUUCCAAGUUGGAUUAUUCAGGAAUUGCACUGCUGAUCAUGGGGAGCUUCGUCCCGUGGCUCUACUACUCGUUCUACUGCUCCCCGCAGCCAAGACUCAUCUACCUCUCCAUCGUCUGCGUUCUGGGCAUCUCGGCCAUCAUCGUCGCCCAGUGGGACCGGUUUGCCACCCCCAAGCACAGGCAGACGAGAGCAGGCGUCUUCCUGGGGCUGGGGCUGAGCGGCGUCGUGCCCACCAUGCACUUUACCAUCGCCGAGGGCUUCGUGAAGGCCACCACGGUCGGCCAGAUGGGCUGGUUCUUCCUCAUGGCCGUCAUGUACAUCACGGGCGCGGGGCUCUACGCCGCCCGCAUCCCCGAGCGCUUCUUCCCGGGCAAGUUCGACAUCUGGUUCCAGUCUCAUCAGAUCUUCCACGUGCUCGUGGUGGCCGCGGCCUUUGUCCACUUCUAUGGUGUCUCCAACUUGCAGGAAUUCCGUUACGGACUCGAAGGCGGGUGCACAGAUGACUCUCUGCUCUGAGAACAGCUGAUGAUUUUAGUACAAGCUUCCUAAGUGCUUUUUAAAUUCUUGUCUUUGCUAAAAAAAA